AUGAAUUUUACUCCUGGGGACAGAAAUGUGACAAAGGUCUGGAAUCAUCGGGACUUUGUUCAAGCUGUCAGCAUGAACGUGACCGUUGUGGUCCUGGGCAUCACCAUCAACUACAUCAGCGCCGCCAUGAUCUGCACGUUCACCAAGCAUGAUAUCUUCAAGCAGAACCCUCGCUACAUCCUUUUCGUCCACCUAGUGCUGAACAACAUGAUCCAGCUGACCACCAGCAUUACCCUUUUCAUCUGUUCCUACGCCUUCGGCACCAUUGUUGUCACCGUCUGUUUGCUGGUCAUCCUGCCAGCCAUCAUCACCACAAAUAACACUCCUCUGAACCUCGCUUUUAUGGCAGCAGAGUGCUGCAUUUCUGUCUGCAUGCCCCUCCGCUACGACUACAUAUGCACUGUCAAAAGAACAUAUAUCGUAAUUGGCAUCAUCUGGGCUAUAAGUUCUGCUUCUGUCCUGCCAGAUGUCUUCUUAAUGUUUGCCACUGAACAGAUGGAGUUCUUUCACACCAGAGUGUUCUGCAUCAGGGACACUACAUUCAGGAGCAGCUACAGUAAAUCCAAGAGGGACGUGUCUCACAUCCUGUUACUGGUGGUGGUUUGGCUCUCGCUGUUCUACUGUUACUUUAGAAUUUUGUUUGCGGCCAAAACUGUUAAUGCAGAUGCUAAAAAGGCAAGAAACACCAUCGUGCUCCACGGAUUUCAGCUCGUGUUGUGCAUGACGGUCUAUGUGCAGCCAAUGUUGACUCGGGUUCUCACGUACUCCUUCCCUAAAGGGACACGGCACAUAUACUUUUUUAAUUUUAUCAUACACCAAAUUCUUCCACGCUUUGCAAAUCCCAUCAUCUACGGGCUACGCGACAAGCACUUCAAAAAGUAUUUGAAAAGGUAUCUGUGUACAUUUAACAGCCAUUCAAAGACAACACCGAAGACGUCUUAA